AUGGAAUUGUGUUUUGGUUGCAAGAGAUGUGAAGGAAAGAAACCACAGGCAGUUGAACCCUUUUUUCUCCUCAAAGGUCAGUUAUCGGUGAACAUUUUGAUCAUGGAAUUAAGUUUAUUACAUUUUCUGGCAUGUCAUAAAGAUUCAAUGGGAUUCCUUUUUCCAUUCGUUGAUACGAACAUUCUUACGUCAACAUGA